AUGUCGGUUUCAGCCGGCGCUUUGGACAUCGCUUUUGCUUCAGGGGCUUUGCGCUCUAUCGGCUUCUUCAAUGGGCUUGAAGUAGAGCAGGCCUACGAUUGGAUGUUCGAAGAGGGCAGGCAUUGUCUGAUGAAUUUAGACUGCUGCUUAUCUGCUGCAGGGCGAUUAUCACUCAGGCCGGUGCUCGACGCACUGACUGCUCUUCAGGUUGGGGCUCGCGAGCCCGUGGGUACUGGAGUUCUUGCGUCUGGCGCUCAUGGGGCACAUUCGUAUAUGGAUUGGUGCCGCAUGUUUCCUGAAGAGCGUGUUCAGCUUUUGCGCUGUCUACCUAGCCUCUUGCUCCUUUGCCGUCCCGCCGGUCCCCUGGAGAGAGCAGUGCACUAUCUUCGAGAUUUGAUGCAGCGCGGCUUCGAGGACCGUGCCUUUUGCUUGUGUGCUGUUGUUUUGCCCCUACACGGGCCCCGCAGCAGCACCAUGGCUCUAGACUUGUGUGAUCGUUUGAGGGCCACCGGGCUGCAGCCCAUAGCGCCCUUGCUCUUCGAUCAUGGUGUCCGGCAACUUGCCGACAUAGCCUGGCAGCUUGAAGCUUUGGUCUUAGGCCGAUUGGAGGUCAACAUUGCUGUGCCCAGCGGGCGGCCGGAUCACCCACAGGUUCGCCCUCGUAAAAGAGCUUCGUGGGCAUUGGCGGAGGCUGCCCAACCGGCAAAGAGGCAGGCGGCCCUCGAUGCUUUGCAGGCAGAUGUGCUCGCGGCGACCACUAAAUCAUCAGUGGAUAGCCGUGUCAAGGCGUGGCAAGAGCUUUGCCUCGCCUGGGAAAAGGUCCCUUUCCCGAUCAAGGUCGAGACUGUUAAGUGCAUCGGUGCCAGCUUGAAGGCGGGCGGUUACCACUCUUGCUCCAAUUAUUUCGGGGCGGCCGUGGGGCAUCAGAUGCGCACCAUGGGUGCCCCGAUCGGGGAAGAUGUGCGCUGGGCCAUUAAGGACACAGUGCGGGCCAUCACGCGUGGGUUGGGACCGUCUCAGCUUAAGGACAGCUUCGAUUUGGAGCUCCUGCAGCCCAUUGUGCCUUACACCAGGCAGCGGGCAGAGUUCCACGUGGGCCAGCUUGAUGCCGAGAUCGAUCUGGCCCUCAUAGCUGCAUGGUGGAUGCUUCGCGAAAUAGAGGUUUCUAACGCUCGUGUACACCAUUUGUACCUCAGCCGGGACGAGUCCUUCCUUGCGCAUUUUCUCGUUCCCAUCUCGAAGGCUGACACACAAGGGCAUUUGACCGUGCGCUCCUAUGCCUGCAUUUGCAGGGCUCGCUCUGAGAGGCUGUGCCCGUGGCACGCCGCCGACCGGCACUUGCAUCGGUUGUACCUCUUGCGCAAGACUCGCAGGCAGAUCACGUACCUCUUUCCUGACAGUGACGGCGGCCCUCUCUCCAAGGUGCAGGUAGUUCGCAUCUUCGAGCGAGUCCUCUCUGCUGCUGGCAUUCCUUUGACGCGUCCAGACGAAUGUGGCCGGGAGGUUCCUCGCUUCCAAGGCCAUGUUAUGCGAGUGAGUGGCACGCAGUUUCUGGCAGCCAUGGGGCUCAGCGUCCCCAUGAUCCAAUUACAGGGAAGAUGGAGCAGCCGUGCCAUCGACCGUUAUGUUCAGUUGGCGCCAUUGCUUCGGAUGCCACAGGCUGUUCGUGAAGCCAGGAACCGCGGAUCCAGCUCUUUCCUCAUCGGUGCCGGGCCCGGUGCGCCUGCUGUGGCGGCAGCCCCUGAGGCAGUUGAAGGACAUCCCCAGUCGCCACCGCCGGCCGCGAACAAACCACGGCCAGCCAAGAAGAAGGUCGAGACGAUUGAUGUCACAGGCGACGCCACCGAGUCGCAGCGUGAUGGCGUCUCCGCGGGGCAGGUGCAGAAGGAGUUGCAUCAGUUCAUGGCGGCCGUCUUGGAGCCCAAGGAGAUGUUGGUCGUGCAGCCGCGCCGGAAGGUUGCUCAUGUGAUCGCCGUUCCCGAGGAAUCGCAUGACAUUGCGGUUUGGCGCACCUCGUGUGGGUGGGCCUAUGGAUGGUCCCAUUUCUAUCGCGCAGAGAAAGGGGCCUUGGGGCCAGGUCUGCGCUUGUGCAAGCGCUGUUUUCCUGAGGAGACCGCCGACUCGAGAUUCACGGCCUUUUGUCGCGAGCGCCUCCUGAGCUUCUUCGAUACGUUGCUCAAGAAGUUGCGAAGUGUCCCGAACCGCCUCAACCAGUUCAAGAUCUACUACGAGACGGUGGCAUGGAGGCUGGCACAGGCCCUGCGAGCCAACACUCCGUUCCAGCAGGCGGUGCGGGGCGUGCUCGGGGACACCAUCCUGUGGCAGGAGACCCUGGCCAAGGAAGUCACCACGCCCACGGCGGCCGAGAAGCCCAAGAAGCCUGAGACGCCGCCGAAGCGCCGAUCCAAAGACACUCCUCCUCCACAGGCUCCCGCCAAGAAGGGCGACACAGGCUGGGGGCAGCAGCAGCGCAAGGUCGUGGCGGCCGGACCCCCACCAAGGGUCCCACAAGAAGAAGGACGAAUGAGAAAUCGUGGGGACUCCGACCCAGUGGAGAUGGGUCAAGGCCAUGCCACGCAAGCCGGCGCAGGCUGCUUCUACCAGCGCUGCCGGCUCGCAGCCGAACCCUGGGGUGAUCUUGCUGUCCUUCUUCGAUGGCAUCGGUACUUCUGCUUUGGCUGCCCAGGAUCACGCCCGGAUCGUGCACAUGAUGGCUUGGGAGGUGGACCCUGCCGCCACGGCUGUGUGCAGUGCACAUUUCCAGCACGUUGUGGAGCACAGGGGCGAUUUUCAACAGGACAGCGCAACGGCAGUCGCUUGGAUCCUCAGGCCUACCACACGUUGCUGGUGACGGCCGGGCCACCUUGCCCCGACUUUAGUCGGGUCCACGACGGCCCCGGCCGUUCGGGGGAGACUGGACAGCUUUUCAAGCAGUUCUGUGAUUUUCUUGAUGAGCUGGAGGCUUUGUUGAUUGGCCGCACUCUUGCCGUGCUCGUGGAGAACGUGAUCAUGGCCUGCUACGGGGAUAUCAACUACUUUUCGCAGCGCUUACGCUGCGAGCCGAUCGUCGCCGACUCCAUUGACCUCGGUGUGGUACAUAGACCACCUCCAAGAUCAGGUUAG